UUCACUUUCACGAACCAAACUUGUAACUUUCAAACAAAACAAAGGAAACUAAAACUUGUAAUAAUUUGGUAUGUCAUUUACUAUAUAUAGUCAAGCUUCGAUCAUUCUCUCCAAAUAAAAUUCCCAUUAAAACACCGACUCCGAUUUGUAUGUUUUGUUAUCAUUAAUUCAAUAUCUAGCUCAAUGGUGAUGAGGAAGUUUACUUACUUGACGAUGAUGAUCUUCAUGAUUUUGGGUAUACAACAAACAAUUGUUGCGCUCACUUGUAGUCAAGUGGAAAGAAAGUUAACACCAUGUGUUGCUUACGUGACGGGAAGUGGUGGUGCCGUCCCUCAACCAUGUUGUGAGGGUGUUAGAGCUUUAAACAACCAAGCUGUGACCACAUCUGAUCGUCAAGCCACAUGUAGGUGUAUCAAGACCCUUGCUAAGGAGUUGCGUGGACUGAAUUUAGACACCCUUGCUGAGCUCCCUAGUAAAUGUGGGGUUAACUUGCCUUAUACUCUUGGCCCCUCCACUGACUGCAACAAGAUUAAGUGAGCACUAUAGCUCGUUAAUUAAAAGGGGUAAUGCUGUUGUUUUCCAUAUGAAGCUUGAGGUGACAACAGAUAGUAAAGAAGUCGUCAACACCUAUAUGUGCGGAUCCCCGAGCCCGAUUUAGAUAUAUAAUUAUUAUUAUGAUUAUUAUUAUUAUUAUUGUUUGAUGCAAAUAUAUGGUGUGUGUGUUUGUA